AUGAUUUCGGCGACCACAUGGGUGCCAAGAGGCUUCCCGUCCGAGUUUCCGGAGAAAUACCAGCUCAACGAUGAAGAAAUGGCCAGAAUCAAUCAAUUGGCACAACUGAACCUCGGAGACGCAAGAGACGAGCUGGAAGAUGCUAGAGAUGCGGAAGACGCCGAAGAGACUGAAGGCAACGAAACCGACAUUAAAACGUUACAGGACCAAAUAGAAGACGACAACGAUUUGAAAGAAUUCGACUUAGAGCAUUACGACGACGAAAACGUCAGCGGUGGCCAAGGUGCAAUGAUGUUCCCUGGGCUUCCCGACGAAGUCAAGUUCGAAGAAGGUGAAGACGGCGAAGAUCAGUAUUUGGCGUUGCCCACACAGCAGGACGAUCAGGAGGAAAAACAGGAGCUCCAAGUGUAUCCUACCGACAACAUGGUGUUAGCAUCGAGAACCGAAGACGACAUCUCAUACUUGGAUGUCUACGUGUACGACGACGGAGCCGGGUUUAACGACCCUGACGUGCCCGACGAGGCCGGCGACGAACAGGACCCCGACGUUGCGCGCGGUUUAGUGCGUGACAACGCACUUUAUGUCCACCACGAUCUUAUGUUGCCUGCAUUCCCGCUGUGCGUCGAAUGGAUCAACUACAAACCAGGCUCUAACUCGGAACAACCCGCCAAUUUUGCCGCUAUAGGUACAUUUGACCCGCAGAUCGAGUUGUGGAACUUGGACUGCGUCGAAAAGGCGUUUCCAGAUAUGAUUCUGGGCGAACCACAGGACAACGAACUAUCCACAUCUCAGAAGAAGAAGAAAAAGAAUAAGAAAAAGUCCAAGCAUGUUACAACCCACCACAUUGACGCCGUCCUGUCUCUCGCGCAUAGCAAACACUUCCGUGCCGUGCUGGCUUCGACUUCUGCUGACCACACUGUCAAACUAUGGGAUUUGAACCAAGGAAUUGCAGCACGUUCCAUCGCCUCCACGCACUCUGACAAAAAUGUGUCCUCGUCCCAAUGGCAUCCUACCAGCGGUUCCAUUCUUCUCACAGGUGGUUACGACGCGAGAGUUGCAUUGACAGACGUUAGAAUCGCCGAUGACUCUCAAAUGAGCAAAUACUGGUCGGUCAUGUCCGGCGAAGACAUUGAAGCCGUUCAGUUUGCUGACGAAAAUGUAUUUAUGUGUGGUACAGAUGCUGGUAAUGUUUACUCCUUCGAUAUCAGAAAUGGCGAGAGCAGCAAAGCUCUCUGGACGCUAAAUGCCCACGAUGCAGGUAUCUCGUCCUUGAACGUUAACGCAUUCGUGCCUAACAUGAUGUGCACCAGCGCCAUGGGUGAGAAAACGGUCAAGCUAUGGAAAUGCAAUGCUCAAGGUCCAAGCAUGGUUCUAAGUCGUGACUUUGGCGUUGGAAACGUACUGACAACAUCUUUUGCGCCCGAUAUUGAGGUUGCCGGUAACAUCGUCGUUGGUGGAGUCAAUAAGGGACUCAAGCUGUGGGAUGUUUUCACCAAUAGAUCUGUGCGCAAAAACUUUUCUGAAGAGCUUUCGACGGUACAGAAAAAGGCUCGCCAGGAAGCCCAAACCAUCGGUAAAGCGUCCAGAAUAGCUCGCAAAUAUGUCAAGAACGAUAAUCCUGACACAGUGGUGACGAUCGACGACCAAAGCGGCGACGAAGCAGAGAACGAUGCCGAGGAAGAAGAUUGGGAAGACACCGAUUAA